CUCUUGAGCUGCUCAGCUCCCUCUCCCCGGUCGGUGUUUGGUCAGUGCCGCAGACCCCUGUAUGGAGCCGGCUGUAGAAAGCGCGGCUCCGGCCGUUGUCACUAACCUGUCCCCAAAGAAGAAGCCACGAACGCCGAGCUCACAGUAUGCUACAACCAUCGCGGUCUCAUCACGGGCUUUAUUUAACAUGGAAGAGGAGACAAAGAUCUUCCAUAAGGACGGGGUGGAAGCCUAUGUCCGAUAUCAAGUGGAACAUGAGAAUGAGCCUUUUGCACCGGGUGCCGCUUUCCCCUUUGUACAGGCUGUAGAAUCUGUGAAUGAGCAGCUCCGUGACCUGUAUCCAGCCAGUGACGAGCUCUUUGAUAUUGUUCUGGUGACUAACAAUCAUGCACAAGUCGGAGUGCGGCUUAUCAACAGUAUCAACCAUUACGGACUGUCUGUUGAAAGAUUCUGCAUGACGGGUGGGAAGAGUCCAAUUGAGUAUCUGAAAGCAUAUCACACCAACCUUUAUCUCUCAGCUGAUUCUGAAAAAGUGCAAGAAGCCAUUGAGCAAGGUAUUGCUGCUGCAACAAUCUUCAGUCCCAAUAAAGAUGUCAAUAUCUCUGAGAGACAGCUGAGGGUGGCUUUUGAUGGAGAUGCUGUGCUUUUCUCAGAUGAAUCUGAGCAGAUUGUCAAAAAACAUGGACUGGAUAAAUUCUUCGAGCAUGAGCAGACGAAUGAGAACAAGCCAUUGGCGAUGGGGCCUCUGAAAGGAUUUUUGGAAUCACUGGGAAAGUUGCAGAAGAAAUUUUACACCAAAGGUCAGCGUUUGAAGUGCCCAAUCCGCACCUACUUGGUCACAGCUCGCAGUGCUGCCAGCUCGGGGGCUCGUGCUCUGAAGACUUUGCGGAGCUGGGGUUUGGAGACAGAUGAAGCUCUGUUCCUGGCUGGUGCUCCAAAGGGGCCACUCCUGCAGAAAAUCCGACCGCACAUUUUCUUUGACGAUCAAAUGUUUCAUGUGGAAGGUGCAAAGGAGUUAGGCACCAUUGCAGCCCAUGUUCCUUAUGGAGUUAGUCAGAGAUACAAGAAGGUGGAGGAGUAAGAGGAGGACAGGGAUUAAUGGGGCUAGCAUUUAGCUCUAACCUUG